CACAGAUUGGCUGAGGUGACUGGCCGUCCUAUGCGUGUCGUGGGCUGGUAUCAUUCCCACCCCCACAUCACUGUGUGGCCGUCCCAUGUUGAUAUUCGCACUCAGGCCAUGUACCAGAUGAUGGAUGAAAGCUUUGUGGGACUGAUUUUCUCCUGCUUCGUGGAAGACAAAAACACCAAGACUGGCCGGAUCCUCUACACUUGCUUCCAGUCUACCCAGGCGCAGAAGGGCUCAGAAUAUGAGAGAGUCGAUGUCCCUCUGCACGUUGUGCCUCAAGAAACUAUGGGGAAAGCGUCCCUGGAAGCUGCCAUAGAACUGCCCAAGAUUCUGUGCCAGGAGGAACAAGAUGCUUAUCGGAAAAUCCACAGCCUCACCCAUCUGGAUGCAGUGACCAAGAUUCACAAUGGCUCUGGUAAGUACCUCGCUGGGCGGCGGCGAGGCUAGCACGGCUUCUCGGAGACGGACUCUCCGGGCAGGGCGGCUCAUCGCUCCCUUCUUAGACGGCCCAGCACCAGGAAGGCAGCCCUCAGCUGACUGCCUCAGAAGACACUGGGGGCAAAGAGAUCAUUUGUACGGGGUGCACCGGCGUCCCGACACAGGUGUCCUUCGACAGAGGCGGGGGGAGGGAGACAGAAACCCCAUUUGAAAACGGGGUUGCCGUGAGAGUUGGUCCCAUUUUUCUCAGCCCACAUGAGGCACGAGUGAAAGUCAUGCUGUCACCUUCCCGUUCCAGGAAGUGGGGGACCCUGAACACGUCCCCUCCCCCAAGGAAGGAAGGAGCCCAAAGCUGGAAGGAUGAAGGUGGCCCUGCCCAGGCAGAAUGCUCCAGUGCAUGGAGGCAGUUGGAUUUGCUUGGGCAAUCAAAUUUGUUAGGAGUAAUAGGAGAUACAGGGCUUUGGCCCGUCGUUCCCCUCCCCCCCUCCCCAACACACUUUGGAAGGGCCUUCUUAAACGUCCCACGAAGGCUGUGGAGCAGGGAAAUGACCCAUUCAGCCCUGGGGCCCCAAGGAUGCCCUUCUGGGAGCUCCAAGAAGGCUGGAUGGGGAAGAGAAGAUACACAGGUCUGGGGCAGAAGGACAGAGAGUCAGUCAGCAAGACUUGGUAGUAAAGGCCCACAAGGCCUCUAGGGAAUGGUUGGAGGCAGUU